AUGCCCGAAAAAGAAAAUCAACCGUCGGAAAAACCACCGCAAACACCAACGGGACCAGCAGCCCCAGACAUUGAUUUUAUUCCCUACAUCCUUGUACACAAAGUUCAUAGAAAUUUAAAAAGUAGUCAAGUUGAAAUAGUACCCCUACAUCAUUAUUUUAGAGAUGUAACACCGGAACCGGAACCCGAGGGUGAAGGGGAACAAGAAACCGAAAUACCUGGACCGCCACCUGUUAUUUAUGCUCCUCCACUACCGGCACUUAAAGAAAAAAAAAAUUGGUGGGAUUUUUUUCGUCCAAUUUAUGGAUUCAACGAACCUCGAGUUCGUUCGAGACUUGAAAAAUUAAUGAACAGUUGGAUUGUUCAUGUAACUGAUAGAAAAUAUAUGAUUAAACUACAAGAAAAAAUUAAAGAAGAUCAUUUGAAAAGUUUAAAAAAAAGAAUCAAAGAAAGAGAGGCAGAUGAAAUGGAACGUGAAAAGAAUUUGGUUUUGGAAGGAAAAAUACCUUUUGAAGAAGCACCUGUAGAACUUAGAUUACAUCCAAUAUUUGUUAUUGGUCAAAUAGCUGAGAAAAUAAUUGAAGAAAGGAAAACAUGGGUGAUUGUUCUAGUAUUGAUGAUGAUGAUGAUGAUGGUAUUACAGAAAAAACAAAUAACAAAAACGGAUUUAUAUAAAACUCCAUUGGCUAGAAUAAGAGCAGCUGAAAAAGCAUUAAAAGAAACUGUUUUUGUUAAAGUUUCAGAAGAUGAUAAUGUUAGUCAAAGUGUUGCUGUUAUCUGUGAUACUGAUGCUGAUGCAUUAGAAGACAUUCUUAAAGGUUAUAUGUUUUCUGAUGAAGAUUAUAGUUUAUUAAAAUAUGAAUAUCCAGAAAUUAAAAAUAUGAAAUUAACAGAUGUUAACUGUAAUGGAAUUAUACAAUCAAGCAGAAAGAAUAAUUUUCCUUCCAAAACCACCUUUGUUACCAUGAAUUUGUAUAAGAAUAGAUUGGGAAAAUCAAUAGAAAAAAUUUUCUAA